CUUUCUUGAUGAUAUAUUAAAACCUAUUUUACUUUUUAUACUAUUGCUCGCUUCAUCAUGAUUCCUCGCAUUGCUUUCACUCGUCACUCUCUACACAACUUCCAUUUAAAACGAUGGUUGUACACUGAAGCAGCUGCAUCGACAUCGUCCACUCCUACCGAUGCGCCCUUCAUCACUCCCCCCUCACUGUACGAACCCACCGACUACGGAUCAUCAAGUGAUCCCGCCCUUUUAUACGCUAGACAUCGCAUUUUUGCUACUCCUUCCCUCCCUCCUCCUUCCACCACGACAUCGCCGGUCGAGAAAAAAAACGUCGUGAAACCAUCAUACCCGGUGACUCACCACUUUGAUACCUACGAGCAAGUCACUCAUCUUCAAGCCUGGGGAGGAUUCUCCAGGUGUCAAGCCAAAGUGCUCAUGGAGAUGAUGCAGCAACGCAUGCGCGUGAACGCCGCUAGCUUGCAGUCCGAUAUGCUUGCCAAUGCGCAAAUGGAAAACGAAACUUAUUUAUUACAUGCCGCUCUGUCAGAACUACGACAGGAGGUCGAGUUACUACGGCAAAAUGACAAAGCCUUGCUACAAUCCGAAUUGACAGCAUUAUCUCGAGAAGUACAGACGUUGGAACAAGUAUUAAAUGAAGAAUUGGAACACAAACGAUCGGAACUGGAGCUUACCAUGAACGAAUACCGAUCUGACAUCCGUCAAGAUCAAAAAGAUGCCGAGCUCCGAAUCCAAGAAUUAAAUAAUCGCUUGACCGUUCUUUUGGGUGAUACAACCACGUCCAUCGAAUCCUUGAAAUGGGAAACUAUCUGGAAGGGAUUAAUGGGAGCUGUGAUUGCUGUCAUGGGAGUAUCUUUUAUAGGUCAUGUGUUGUCCACGCAACGCGCUAAAUCACAGUCUGAGCUUCGAAAACUUGAAAUGGCUAAUGCCCUGAAAGCAGACGAAGGCUACUCUUUCGCUGAUAUGGAAACAUGCUAAAAAUAACAACAAUAGUAAUAAAAAAAAUUUAUAAGCAAAACUA